AUGUCCCUAGGGACCUUCUUGCAAGAUGAGAAUUUUGGUUCCUGGGCUGAUGAAAUGGAGGAUAUGCCUCUCCCUUCCUCGGACUCCCGACCUACCUAUGGAAGCGAACGACGAACCUUCGGCGCCUCUAGCGGCAUGGGCAAUGGGUUUCCUGAACGACGGGCCGAUGGGUAUCAUGUUCGUGAAGAGCUGCCGCUACCCAAAGAACCUCCUUUCACUGCGCACUUGGCAAACCUGUCCUUCGAUGCUACUCAAGCAGACAUCAACGACUUCUUCAGUCAAUGUCAGGUUACAAAUGUCCGAAUUGUUGAAGACAAGUUGGAUCGCAAGCCCAAAGGUUUUGGCUACGUUGAGUUUGCGACGCUGGAUGGCCUGAAGGCUGCAUUGGCCCUGAGCGGUAACAAUUUGGCCGGACGUCAGGUCCGUGUUAGUGUGGCAGAACCACCGAAAGAGAGACAAGACACUCGUGACUUCAGCGACUGGUCCAGGAAGGGUCCUCUCCCAGAUUUACCGGGCAGUCAACGCAGGGUUUCAGACCGGCAGGGCGGCUUCGGUGGCCGAAGCUUCGAUAACAUGUCCGAUGCGGGAAGUGACCGAGGCGCUCGACGAGGAUUCGAUCAAGGCGAUGGCAAAGUCAGGGACUUUUCGAACUGGGAGAGAAAGGGCCCGCUGUCACCUGUCGGUCCGGCUCCCACCUCUUUGCGCGAAGGUGGCAGACAACAUAGUAAGGACGGUCCCGGAGCUUUCCGCCGAAAUUCCCCUGCUUGGGGUGAAGGAAGAUCUCAGGAUGGCUCCCGACCACCUAGACGCGAGUUUACCGAACGACCACCCCCUGAGCGACAACCGACCGCACCGGAAUUGGACAAUCAAUGGCGAGCAAGGAUGAGGCCAGACCCGCCAGCCAAGGAACCAACCCCGGAAACCAGCGAGCCAACUUCUCCGGCUGCGGCUCAUGCCCCGGCGACGCGACCGAAAUUAAACCUGCAAAAGAGGACUGUGUCGGAAGCAGAACCAGCGCAACCUAGUGCGCCAGCGGCAAGUUCAAAAUCUAGCCCUUUCGGAGCAGCGCGCCCGGUUGAUACGGCAGCCAAGGAAAAGGAAGUUGAAGAAAAGCGACAACUUGCUCUUCGACAAAAGCGAGAGGCAGAGGAGAAGGCGAAGGCUGAAAAGGCCGAAGAGAAGCGUCUGGCUAAGGAAAAGGCCGAGCUUGAGAAGUCCAAGGAAACCUCGGGCUCGGAGGCGAAAGAAUCCACUCCGGCAAAGGAGACCAAGGAAACAACUGCCACCAAGGAGAACGGUGAAGAGCCUUCUCAAUCAGGCCCAAAGUUUGACAUUCUGCGCCGUGCCGACACUGGAGUCAAUGACAUGCUUGCAGAGGAAGAAAAUGAAGAGGAGGGUAAUACACAACUCCCGGUUGACGACAAGGCGGUUAAGCCCAAAGAGGUGGUGCAGGAUGCCAACUCGGGCAAGACCAACGGUUCAUGGAGAAGUGCUCAACCGGCCCAAGCACCCGAAGGUAGCACCACGGCGGCAUUGGAAGAGGAGGGCUGGAGCACUGUGUCGAAGCCGAACAAGCAGCGCAACAACCGCCGAAACAUGCCCCACAGAGCCAUUGCAUCAUGA